CAAACAUGAAAGCCUUUCGUGCAUGGGGCGAAGCAGAAUUGCAGACAUGCAAGUGUCCCAAGGAUUCAAAAACAGUUUGGGUGGUUCGAUUGAAUUAAAAGAUAACACAAUGCCGAUUAGCAUUAAUUAGAUCGCUUUCAUUACAUUUCGCGGUGACAAAUUACCCUGUCAUGGUGAACAGUUUUGCUAGCGUAAAUUGCUAAGUCUAGCUAGCCUACCUAAAUGGAGAUUCCGUUCGUUCGCUACUCGAUUCAGUAAAACUAAAGUCUUUUUGAUAGUGUCUCUGGUAAAACCAUAUGGCGUGCCAGAUUUAAACAAUCCCCGAUUGCGCAAGAUUCACGACUGUUGGCCGUAUUAAGCAAUAUCAAAACAGUUUGUGACACCCUAUAAUUGUCAUUUAAUAGAAUAAUUGUUAACCUUGUCUGGGUAGUAGUGGCGGUUCCAUCAUUUUACCAUUGCCCGACAUGCCAGCUCGCAAGAGAAAAUCGGCCUCUGUUGCUGAACACAACACUGACCUAGUAAAACGUGGGAGGCAGUCUGUGGACCAGUCAAACGGGGGCGAUGCAGAACAUAAUUGUAAGAGUCAGUACUUUUCAUGUAAAAGUAAUGGUAUCAAACUGGGACAAGAGUUUUUCAAUCAGCCCUGUGUCUGCUUAGCCAAAGCCCUUAUUGGCAAGGUGCUGGUGAGGCGCUGUGCUAAUGGGGAGGAGCUGAGGGGGAGAGUGGUUGAAACCGAAGCUUACCUGGGGGACGAGGACAAGGCCUCCCACUCGGCCGGCGGGAAGCGCACGGAGCGGAACCUGGCCAUGUUCAUGAAGCCUGGCACCAUCUACGUCUACCCAAUCUACGGCAUCUACCUCUGCAUGAACAUCUCCAGCCUGGGGGAGGGAGCAGCGGUGCUGCUGCGCGCGCUGGAGCCCUUGCAGGGCCACGCGGCGAUGAGGAAGCUCCGAGGGGCCCGCAGGCGGGAGGGCUCGCGGCCCCUCAAGGACAAGGAGCUCUGCAACGGGCCCUCCAAACUGUGCCAGGCCCUGGACGUGCCCCGGGCCUUUGACCGCAGGGACCUGGCAGACGACCCCGAGGUGUGGCUGGAGACGAGCCCUGGGGAGGCGGCGCCGCAGGAGGCCGAUCUGGUGACCUCCACGCGCAUCGGCAUCGAGUCCCACGGGGAGUGGGCGGCCAAGCCGCUCCGUUUCUACCUGCGCGGACAUCCCUGCGUCAGCGUUCUGGACAAGAGGGCAGAGAAGCCUGCUCAACAAACUUCUGUAGAACUGACCACUGUCUCUGAGACUCUUGAGUAAUCUAAGUAAUAAUUAAAUUAUUUGUCCCC